AUGAAGCAGUCCUCCUUUCCAUUUCUUCUCCAGUUCCACUACUGGUCACCCAGUUACUACAAAACAGAUCCACAUGGUCAGAAUCUCAUAGCAACUGUGAACAAAGACUCAUCUCUGACUAACAAGUUUCAGCUCAAGAAUGACAUUUUGUAUUAUCAAAAUAAAAUUUGCAUACCUUCAGUACAGGAACUCAGGCAAGCCGUCCUCACUAAAUUUCAUUCCACCCCAGUUGCAGGACAUUUGGGAUUUCAACCAACUCUAGCUCGUCUCUCAUCUUCCUUCUUAUGGCCUGGGAUCUACAAGGAUGUAAAUCAUUUAAUAAAACAUUGUAGUGUGUGUCAACAAAGCAAAUAUAUGACAAAGAAAAAACAGGGCUUACUACAACCUUUAGAAAUUCCAACCCUUGUUUAG